UCUAUUAGAUUAAAAUACUUCUCUAAAUAUAAUAAUUACUCAUGUGCUACGUGCCAAACGUGAACACUUCUACAAGUUUUUGAUUUCGUUCUCUUUACCGUUAACAAAAUUAUGUUUUGUCAUUUUACUUUGAUGUUUUGAUAUCUUACAUCGAUGUAGCGCCAAUGUCUAAUUGGUUGGCGAUAAAGAGCACAAUUUAAAGCUGUCAAAAAAAAAAUCAAAAAACUUGAAGUUAGUGUUCACUGUAUGGCAUGUAGUACAGUAAAAGUUGAUUUCAUGUGGGAAGAGAUUAAAGGAAAAAUUCAGUCAAGUUUUAAUCACAUGGUGUAAAAAACUUGUCCUCAUGGUACAACAUUGGCAUCACGUGGUCAAUUUGAAAUGUACUUGCGGAUAACAUAACAGACGCUACGAAUUUCGAAGGCCAUUAAAAAAUCACAACUACCUCGGUCUACUGGGAAGAGUAGUAUAUUGGAUGAACUUUAGUUAAUCAAAUGACAAAAUUUGAAUCUUUUGAAUAUUGCUGUUAAUAAAGUCUUAUAAUUAAUGAAAAAGAAAUGAUUUUUUUUCAACUUUUGAUAGUGUUUUUGCUAAAUUCACCAGUUUGUUGAAAACAUACAACAAGUAAGAAUUCAAGAUGGAUGAUCAGUAUGGAGACAGAAGACAGGGGCCUGUGUUAUACCAAAGAAAGUAUUCUGGCUCAAAUGGACAUUUGGAUCACCUCAAGGAUGCCAMUGAUGACAGAAAUGAGCUAAAAUCCCAGGAUAAAAAUUGGAUGGAUCAUGGCUAUCCUCAACUUGAAUUCUCAAAAACCCUUCAAAGGAAUAUUGACCUUAUGGCAUCAUCAUCAACAUCAUCAUCAUCUGGACUGAAAAGACCAAACCAUCAUCGUCAUCAUCACCAUCAUCACUCAAAACACACGAAGACCUCAAAUCAUCAUAAAAAAUUAAACCAUGGAAAAGAGAGUGAGCAAAAACGCUUUUGUCGAACAGCAUCGGCUCUCAAACAGGCAGGUCUUCUAGAACUAACCCUCCAAACUGCACAACUCGUGCAAGAAAAUGAAGACCUACAAAAAGAAAUAGACAGUCUUCAGGAACAAACAAUCCAGUUCAGUAAGGCACUCCAAGAACAAUUGGAAGAAAAACUAAAGAAAUCAAAAGCUUGACUUUGUUUACAUCAUAAAGUAUAUUUGAUUCUAUCAGUAUCCAUAUGAGAUUGAGGAAAAAACUGAGUUAGCGUUGCACUACAUUGUGGGCUGUUUUUGGGGAUGAAAUAAAAGCCAUAUUGGAAUUAUAUCCCCUAAAUAGCCCCACAGUGCACUGUAACACCAAACUCAAUCCAUUUUUUUUCUUCGACCUCAGAUUAUGGCGAAUAGGUAAAUAUUUAUUUCAAGUGCUUAACACAUGUAAAAGGUAAAACUAUCAAGUAUGACUGCUUCCUGGGCUGAAAAUUGGUGACUAGUCAUUAUUUAGAGGGGGGGGAGGGGGGUAGGGAGCAAAUUAGGGGCUCAAUGAUUUCAUACAGGGAGAAUAAAAAAGACUAAAUUUAUGCAAUAUGAAGGAGGGGGGUCAGAGAAAGUUAAUCAUGACAUUCCUCUUUCUAAAUAAUGACUAGUCCUUAAUCCAAAGGUAGCAAAAAUUCAUUUUAACUUUAUUUUUCCUUUUCUAAAAUUCUGAGUAGUUUGCCUAGAGGAGUGCCUAGCAAAAUUUUUGUUAAUAUUAUUUGCUGGAUCUUUAACAGGAAUUUUUUAAAAGAAAUUUUUCAUAUUCCAUCUAAGGACCGAUGAUUUCUUACAAUAUAUUUUUAUUAAUAUAGCUAAAUUAUACGUUGGGCUACCUUUGGAUUCCGAACAGGAAGUAAUUUAAGUUUUAAGUUUAUAUACCGGUAUAUAUAUGUAUAUAUAAGAAGCAUUUUUUACUACAAUUUAUUGAAUUAGUAGCAAAUGAUUGUUUGUAGUGUCAGACACCUAUAUACAUUAGAGUCUCUAUGGUUUUAAUUCAGUAAAAUAGAAGUAUCAAAACCAGAA